UGGAUUCUCUUUAAUAGUUGGUAACACUGGUUGAUCUUCAAUGUCAAGCGAAUUGGCACUUUGCGGUUAUAAUAAAUUGUAAUUGUAAUAGAAUUUUUCGAUAAAUCUAUGACUUUAUAAGUAAAAACAAAAACAAUUACUUAAAAAACAAACAGGGAUGGCUGAAGCGAAAACUGUCUUACCGCCGAAAUUUGCGGCUGGACCACACGGUUUAGGAGAUCCUGAUGAUCGGAGUCUAAGAAAGGUAGAAGUGGAAGUUGUUAUACCGAAGCUUAUAAGAGAGAAAGCGAAAACUGAAAAAUGCACCCAAGAAGUGGCGGAAUUUGAAAAGUGUUGCAAAGAUGCUUCCCUUUUAAUGGUAGUUAAGUGUAGACCCCAAAACUCAGCCCUCAAAGAUUGUUUAUCAAGUUGGUAUCAAAAUCAAGAAUUUAAGGACCUGUGUACUGAACAAUAUUUAAAAGAAAGAAGUGAAUUUAGAAGAACUGGUGUCAGAAAACCAAUCAAAAGAGCUUGAGCCUAUUCAAAAUAAUUUAUUUUUAGUUUACUUAUUAGUUAUUGUGUUACAUAAUAAAAAUAUUAAUCAUCA